UGAGCCAUGUAAAGUUGUUUUUCUGUAUUGGUAACACUGUCUACUGUAGAGUUUCCUUUUCCAUGUGGCAUGGUGUCGGCGUAAGGUGAGCCAAUAUGCAGAUUUUCGUAAAGACCCUAACGGGCAAGACCAUCACCCUUGAGGUCGAGCCCUCGGAUACCAUCGAGAAUGUGAAGGCUAAGAUCCAGGACAAGGAGGGAAUCCCCCCAGACCAGCAAAGAUUGAUCUUCGCCGGUAAGCAACUGGAAGAUGGUCGUACCCUGUCAGACUACAACAUCCAAAAGGAAUCCACACUUCACUUGGUGCUCCGCCUGCGUGGUGGUGCCAAGAAGCGCAAGAAGAAGAAUUACUCCACACCCAAGAAGAUCAAGCACAAGAAGAAGAAGGUCAAGCUCGCUGUCCUUAGGUUCUACAAGGUUGAUGAGAAUGGCAAGAUCCACCGCCUCCGCCGUGAGUGCACGGGCGAGCAGUGCGGCGCCGGCGUGUUCAUGGCCGUCAUGGAGGACCGCCACUACUGCGGCAAGUGCCACAGCACCAUGGUCUUCAAGGACGAUGACAAAUAGGCCCUAAGACUUAAUUAUAAGACCAAUCGCUCAGACUUGCUGUGUAUGAUGGAUUUAUAAUAUAAUAAAUCUUGACACAGUG